AAAGCUGUCAAAAUACCGAAGUUGUUUUCAGUACCUUUCUUUCUUUCUCUCUUUAGGAUGUCGACUAACAAAAGAAUAAACUAUGACUCAGAUUCAAGUAUUGCUUCACAAGUUACAUUGACAGAACCAGUGUCUCCAACCAUACCAAGUGUAGCAGUAAUCUCAGAUCCAUUUCGACCUUCUUCUGUAUGGAGAACAAAUACACAGAUCAAUGUGGUUGAUUUAGAGAAUAACUUGGUAGACCAAGCAACAAGUAGUGAUCUGACAAGAGACAAUAGUAUUGCUACAGCCAUUAGUAUGCGAAGAGCAGAUAUUAUGGUAUCCAGAGAUAAUCCACAACAUUUACAUACCAACGAAGAGCAUGAAAUCACACCUACGCACUACAAUAAAGACAGUACGCUUUUAUAUGAGAAAAAGAAGAGUGUGGUGAUAUUGCUAGGCAGACUUUUACUGAAAUGUGGAUGUCCUUGUCAUCGAGUGGAUGAUAUGCUUCAAUUGACAGCUCAGAUGUUAUCUUUGGAUGCUUCCUUUAGUUUCUUACCAGACUCUGUCUUGGUCACUUUUACAGAACAAAACCAGUCAGAAUCUAUCAUGGUCAAAUCACCUCAAGGAUACGAUAACGGUAAAAUAGCCAGUAUACAUGAUAUUAUGAACCAAUUUUAUCGAGGUCAAGUUGACUUGGAUCAUUGUCUGGUACAACUGCAUGAUGUGGCUACAGCACCCCCUACGUGUGGUGUGUAUGCCACACUGAUCUUUUUUACCCUCAGUAGUUUCUCAGCGUCUGCAAUGAUGUUUGGUGGCACUUGGAUUGAUGCCAGUAUCAGUGGUGGGCUAGGGUUUCUUGUGGCUGUUCUUUAUCUGUUGUCUAUUCAGUUUCCUGUUUAUGCUCGAGUGUUUGAAAUAUCUGCUUCUGUCUUGGUAGCCUUGAUCACUCGAGCCUUACAUGAGUAUUGUUGUUUUGUGAGUGUGGCUAUGUCUGCUCUUUUGAUUCUUUUACCUGGUUACACAAUGACGAUAGGUGUUAUUGAAUUGUCUGCAAGGCAUGUGACCACGGGCAUUGUUCGGCUUGUCUAUGCUGUCUUUUAUGCCUUUCAAUUAGCCUAUGGAUUACAAGUAGGUUCCAAUGCAUAUCAUGCCAUGAACCCCAAUGUACCCGAACAAAGUGUCUGUCCAUCUUCCACACUUUCUCCUUGGUUUUAUUUCUUGCUUUUGCCCAUCUUGAGUAUUUCCCUUUCACUGUCUUAUGGGUCCUGUCGAAAACAAUGGAUCUCUCAAUUGAUUUCAUGUAGUAUUGCAUUCUCUGUAUCGUAUUUUUUGACGCAGGUAUUGGAAGGUCCUAUUGAGAACCUCCCUUGGCUUCAUUGUGUGUGGGUGUCACUUUAUUAGUACCUGGUAGUAUAGGUGUUCGUGGUGCUUAUGCUGCUUUACAUGCUAAUGGAUUUGAAAAGGACAAUUUCCCUAUGCAAAUGUUAACCAUUGCAU